GUUCAUACUCUUGUCUCAGCUUAAUCAAGAGCACCGACGCUGACCCCUGCAACAAUCACGGCAAGGGGCUGGAAAGAAAGAAAGAAAGAUAGUCAACACCAGCGCCACGAGCGCGGCUCACUUCCUCGGCGGCGGCGAGCGAGAGCCGAACAUUUGAUGCGGCCAUAUGAUGGGAGCAGCGAGCAACGCCUGCGGCCAUAUGAUGGGAGCAGCGAGCAACGCCUGCGGCCAUAUGAUGGGAGCAGCGAGCAACGCCUGCGGCCAUUGUUUGCAUUCGGAAUACGUAGCCACUGCUCAUGCAUCCGCGAGCUUUGGGGCAGCAGAGUCGCCCGGCCCACUGAAAGGCAGCCCGAGAGCCCAGCUGACCCGAAAGGACAGGCCGUACAUUUCGACUGCGAUCUUUUAACAGGUCCCUCACAAGCACUCCACCCACCCUCUCGCAAACUGACUCUGCGUGAGCACAGCGACCAUACAGGAGGGAUCUAUAGCUGGAGCCGGGAGUGUGGCCCGCAACGAAAAGAUCAUUGGGAGAGGAUUGGGCGCCUUGCUUGCUCGUCGUGCACGAAUGAUAGCUGUGGCGCUCUAUGCAGCACUGAACAUCGUCCGUAAGGCCAGCAGGGCGCACCUCGAAUAGGGUGGCCGCCGAGCGAACGGAUGGAGCACUUGCGGACUGUGGUCAGCUCCCAGCGCCUAGUGGCCAGUGUGUUUAAGUGCCACCCCUCCCACCCCGCCUUGAAGGUCGCCAAAGCACCGCAUGCGCUUGGCGGGGAAAACAGGCUUCGAACAUAUUAUUUUCAACACCAUUCCGGCUAUCCCGGUUAUUUUGUUUCA